AAAGCCCCCUCCAACUCCUGAUACGAACGCCCUUUUGCUUCCAUCCCCACAUUCACGAUGAGAAGAGAAUCGACAGAGGGUUGCUCCCACCACCACCAUCACCGGCGACGACGCUUCCACCUCCACCGGUGACCACGCUUCGCACCUCCACCACCGGUACCCAACCCCAAGUCUUCUGUUCUCAAAUCCCCUCUCCCUAUCUCGGGCUGAUUCUCCUGGUCACCGCAGACGAGGGCAGCGCUACCCCCCGCCGGCGACCACCACCACAAUCGGCUUCUGGGCAGUCCGACGUUACCCCACCACGAAGGAGAAGUUGCCACCCACCGAUUCAACGCUCAGACCCGAUCAGAACCAGAGUCCAGAUCGGAAGCAGCUGUACAUCGAUCAAGGAGAAGAAACCGAUCGUCGUAUCCUUACUCCUGUCGUCUCGCCGACUCGCCGGUUUGUCCUCUCUCUCUCUCUCUCUCUCUCUCUCUCUCUCUCAGUGGUGGUGCGGUGGCUGCGAGGGGAGGGGCGCAGUGGUAAGAUCGGAAGAAGCUCUCUUUCUUGCGGAAUCUCACCAAUAUUGGUGAGAAACGAAAUGGGGUUUUAAGGGAUUCCUGAUUCUCCCCCUCCCCCUCCUUCUCUAACCGUUUCUCACCAUUUUGAGAGAGUCCCCUCUCCUUCAGUUUCUUUUCUUUUCUCCUGAAAUCAUUCAAUCCAAAGCAGAGGUAAUUCCUGUUUCGAAUUCUCAUGGGGAAGAACGAAUUCCUAACUCCGAAAGCUAUCGCUAACCGGAUCAAGGCCAAAGGUCUCCAAAAGCUCCGCUGGUACUGCCAGAUGUGCCAGAAACAAUGUCGCGACGAGAACGGCUUCAAGUGCCACUGCAUGAGCGAGGGCCAUCAGCGCCAGAUGGAGGUCUUCGGCCAAAAUCCUAACCGGAUCGUCGACGGCUACUCUGAGGAGUUCGAGACCUCCUUCCUUGAUCACAUGAAGCGCAGCCACCGCUUCAGCCGCAUUGCCGCCACUGUGGUCUACAACGAGUACAUCGCCGACCGCCACCACGUCCACAUGAAUUCCACCCAAUGGGCGACCCUGACCGAGUUUGUUAAGUACUUGGGGCGUGAGGGCAAGUGUAAGGUGGAGGAGACUCCCAAAGGGUGGUUUAUUACGUACAUUGAUAGGGAUUCGGAAACUCUUUUUAAGGAAAAGAUGAAGAAUAAGCGAGCUAGGUCGGAUUUAGUUGACGAGGAAAAGCAGGAGAGGGAAAUUAGGAAGCAAAUUGAAAGGGCGGAACAGGUGGUUCCGAAUGGGGCAGCGGCGGCUCAGCCUUUGGAGGCUGAGCUUAAGCCGUUGGAGAAAUCGGAGAAUAGUGAGAAGAUUGUGAUUAGCUUGGUUUCGUCAUGUAAAACCGUUGUCAAAGAGAAAGUUGGGAGUUCUAAAUUGGUUUUUGAAGAACCAGAGAUUGAGAAAGUUAAAGAGAAUGGAAAGUCGGUGAAAAGUGGGGGUGGGAGUAGGUCGGCAUUGGAUGAUUUGAUGAAAGAGCAAGAGAAGGCGAAGGAGCGGAGCAAUAGGAAGGAUUACUGGUUGUGUGAGGAUAUCAUUGUGAAGGUCAUGAGCAAGAAGUUAGCCGAGAAGGGGUAUUAUAAGCAAAAGGGCAUUGUUCUGAAGGUGAUGGAUAAGUAUGUUGGGGAGAUUGAGAUGCUUGAGAGUAAGCAUGUUCUUCGGGUUGAUCAGGAAGAGCUUGAAACAGUGAUUCCACAAAUUGGGGGGCUUGUUAAGAUAGUUAAUGGGGGUUACCGUGGAUCAAAGGCGCGUUUGCUAGAAGUGAAUACAGACAAGUUUUGUGCCAAGGUCCAGAUUGAGAAAGGAAUAUACGACGGGAGGGUGCUUCAGGCUGUUGAAUACGAAGAUAUUUGCAAAGUUGAGUUAUGGGUGGAUCUGAGUUCAUGUGGAGUGGGAAGGCGAUUCUUCUUCUGCAGUUGAUUCCAGGAAUUCUGGGUUGGGGAAAGGAUGGUCAUUAUACUAUAUGCAAGAUUGCCCAGGAGUACAAUCAAUUUGGGAAACUGGAUAAAGAAAAUGUUGACUAUAUUGGUUUUUGGCUUUUAAGACAUGCUUGUGUGUUGCGGGGUUAUAAUCAGCAAUUACUCAUUAGUCAUGACUUUAAGUAAUCGUGAUUGUUGUCUUAUUAAUUACUUUGCACAGCAAUUUCUCUGUGAAGUACCCAAAUGAAUUGUUUGUUCAAAAUCCAAAUCACUUACCAUUUAAGUGGAAAAUAACGGGACGUAUGCUCAUUAUGGGGUAGGAAGGGGUUUCAUAUAUGCUUUAUCCAACCAUCAAGAGAUCCAUAAUGGCAAGCUCAUUCAUAGUUUCUCUAAGUAAAACACAAAACAGAACAUUUUUCCUAACAUUUAUUGGGUA